AAUACUGUAGUUUGAAGGAGCGUCCCUCAAAAAAUUUUGAGCCGAGACUAACCGGCACUUCAGGUGCAAGAGCAAUGUUGCAGGUUUCGAGGCCCCCGCUCGCGGGGCCGCAGCGACUCCCAUGCAGUCGCGUCAAUACUCACGUGCGAUGCACGGUGUCAGCAUCAAGGCGUCGACGGAUGCAGCACCGCGUUGUGUGCGCCCUGCCCCCGCCCAGCAAUCCCACCGGGCUCGCCAAAGGCUUCAGCCUGCUGGAAUGGACCAACCAGGUUCUGCCUCAGGGGCAGCUCGUCAGCGGAGUAAAGGAGGGCUGGAAGAUGGCGUGGAUGGCCAUGAUGCGAGAGCUGGCGCCGCAGAGUAAGGACGGAGCCUACACGCGGCCCACCUACGCAUUCGGCGGCCGCCUGGGGGAGGCCGAGUUUCCCGCCGAGGCGGGCCGCUACCACCUGUACCUGGGCAACGCCUGCCCCUGGUGCCACCGAGUUGCAUUGGCCGCCGUACUGCGCGGCUGGUUCAGGCCGCAGCAGCAGCAGCAGCAGCAGCAGCAGCUAGGGCCGGCGGCGGCGGCGGCGGCGGCGGUGGCAGGGCGGCAGCUGGGGCCGGCGGCGGCGGCGGCGGCGGCGGUUGCGGCGGCGGCGGGGCCUCAGCCGCUCAUGUCGUACACGCGCCUGGAGGACGACCCCACCCGCGCCCGCCGCGGCGGCUGGGUGUUUGGUGCGGCUGACCCGGACCCGGUGUUUGGCGCCGCCGACCUGUGGCAGGUGUACGACACGGUGUCACCCGGGUUCCGCGGGCGGUGCACUGCGCCGCUGCUGGUGGACAGGUCCAAGCGCGCCGCGGUGUGUAACGAGUCGGCCGACAUUGUCCGCGGCCUGGACGCCGCGAACCUGCCCGGCGCUACCACGGCGGUGCAGCUGCGGCCGCCCGCGCUGGCGGCGCAGAUCGACGUGCUGAACGCGCGGAUCUACAGCGCGAUCAACAACGGAGUGUACAGGUCCGGCUUCGCCACCACGCAGGCCGCGUACGACGCCGUACAGGCCGAGCUGUGGGGUGCGCUGGAUGAGAUGGAGGGGCGGCUCAGUGCCUCGCGCUUCCUGCUGGGAGACAAGCUGACCGAAUGCGACGUGUGGCUCUUCCCCACCAUCGUGCGUCUGGAUGCCAUGUACGGCCCCCUCUUCAAAUGCAGCCGCCGCCGCAUCUUCGGCUGUAGCAGCCCGGCAGCCGCCCGGCCGGCGGCGGCCGGGACGGCUGUAGCACGGGGCCACGGGGCGGCGGCGGCGGCUGUAGCAGCAGCGGCAGUGGGGUGCGGGGGCGACUACCCACACCUGGCGGGUUGGGCGAGGGACAUCUGGCAGCUGCAGGUGCCUGGAUCGCUGGUGCAGAUUUCCGACACGCUGGAUCUGGACGCGGCGCGGCGCUCCUACUUCAGCUCGCUGUUCCCGCUCAACCCGGGCGGCAUCGUGCCGGCCGGUCCCACCGCCGCCGACCUGCAACUGGGCAGCAGGGCGCCGGGGCGGGGGGGCAGCAGUGUGCUGGAGGAGGUGUGCCACCUGCGGCGGGCGGCGGAGUAAGGGGGAGGAGGGGAGGGGGGGAGGAGGGGAGGGGAGGAGGUGGUGUGCCACCUGCGGCGGCCGGCGGAGUAAGCGGGGAGGAGGAGGCGACAGGGGAGCAAGGGGAGGCGUGAGCACGGGUGGGGGAAAGCAGCGUGUGUAAGGUGAGCUGCGGGUUUAUGGUUGACUGGUACGAAUGACGGUGGUUGCGCAGGAGGGGCCAAGACUUGGCGGGAGGGAGGGCCUCAUGAAGGCUGUCAACGCCGUGUUGGUCAACUGAGGGGGUGGCGAGGGCGGGGCAGGUGAUGGGGGCUGAGGGGAAGGUGGGCGAUGGCCGGGUGGCGGGCUUGAGCCUUGAACGGUUGGGGAGGUGGCUGGGCGGGUGCGCGUAAGGCGGGGAACCGAGCGCAGAAGGAAACCCUAAUGUUUCUGAACUUUGCAAAUCCAAGCAGUAUCGUGUCCUGUGCAACUUUACAAGUCUGAG